AUGAGUCAUUAUGACUCAUGUAUCCGAAGGACUGAACUCGCUGAAGAGCUGAGUUUUGUCCAAACCAUCCACACCGAGAUCAGCAGCAUCAUGGAGGUCCAACCGCGCGUUAAUUCGGCUGUAAUACCUAAAUGCCAAGGAAGAGUUGUGAGACUGGUGGGCAAGAUGCUGGCGAUGAACCCGGCCACUGGAGAGGCUCUGAUCGAAGCAUGUGAUCGAGGACAGGUUACGGUACUGGUAUCACAGGGAUCAUCACUGGCCCAGAGUACCGGAUCUGUAGUGGAAGUAAUAGGACGAGUUCAACCGAAUUCGGUGAUAGGGGAGAUUAAUUCGACGCAAUUUGAUGAGAAAUGGGAUCCCGAAGCAUACAAUAAGAUGUCGCAUCAUCCUUUGGGGUCGCCGGGGUAUGGGACAAUGGCAAAACCCGUGAAAGCUCUGGUUAUUGGAGCGUUGAACGGAAACUUCAAGCAAGCUUUGAUAAAGAUUAAUGGAAUUAACGCUAAGCACGGCCCCUUUGACCUGCUUCUUUGUGUGGGGGAUUUCUUUGGUGCGGAUGAGACGGACAACGCAGCGGUAAAAGAGCUGCUGGAAGGCGAUAUAUCAGUGCCAGUGCCCACGUACAUUAUUGCUGGUCGCCAUACCCUUCCAAAGCCUGUGCUCGAAGCCGUGGAGAACAAUGGCGGGGAAAUUUGUAACAACUUGGUUUUCUUGGGCAACAGUGGAGUGAUGACCACGGUUCAGGGAUUGAAGAUAGCGUACUUGAGUGGUACAUACGAUGCAAAGUCUUACCCAAGCGGAGUAGAUCAAGCACCAGAUCAGACAGCGAUGCACUAUACAGAGACGACUGUCCGGUCAUUGAGCAGCUCAGGGACUGGAUCCGUGCAUGGUUCUACUGGUGUCGAUAUUUUCAUUACCACUGAAUGGGCUGAGGGGAUUACCCAAGGAUCUGCGGCAGCCUCAAAACUUCCAGAAGGAACAGAUCCAAGAAGCUCAAAACCUGUUGCCGACCUUGCCGUGGCAUUGCAGCCACGAUACCACUUUGCAGGAUCAGCGGGGGUGUUCUUUGAGCGUGAACCAUACAGUAACAGGGGUUCGGCUGGGCAUGUGACUAGAUUCAUCGGGCUUGGCGAGUUUGGAGCCGCAAACAAACAGCGGUGGUUCUAUGCAAUGAACAUCGUGCCGUUGUCCCAAAUGGAAAGCUCGCAGUUGAAUGUAAAACCCCCGAAUACAACCACAUGUCCGUUACCAUUCGGCAAUACAUCUAAAAAGCGGGCGCUGGAUGAGGUUCCGGACAGUUUCUUUUUCAAUAAUGCGGGAGCGCGGGGAGGCCAGAAACGACAGGCCAAUGGUCGACCACCACCACGUAAAUACGUAUGCCAUCGAUGCCAGCAGCCAGGCCAUUGGCUGGAGGAUUGUCCUGUCAAUCCUAAAGAACUCACUCGAACGCCGCCUGAAAAAUAUGUCUGUCGCUUGUGCAAUGUUCCCGGGCAUUAUAUUAACGACUGUCCCCAUGCUGAUCGAAACCUGCGAGGACCCAAAGCCACAGAUACGAUAUUAAACCGCGAUGCCGGGCAAUGUUGGUUUUGCUUGUCAAAUCCAGCAUUGGAAAAGCAGUUGAUUGUUUCGAUUGGUUCCGAGGUGUACUUGACACUCGCAAAGGGGGGUUUGGUGGAUUGGGGUGGACAUAUGCUGGUUGUGCCGAUAGCACAUUAUACAAGCAUGCGUCAAAUGCAGACGCUGGACGGAGCGGAAGGUGCCACAGCGCAGGCGGCGUUGGCGGAAAUGGAGAAAUUCAAAUCUGCAUUGCGGGAUAUGUAUACCGCUCGAGGAGAUAUAAUGGUUUGCUUUGAAAUUUUUGGUGGCGGUGGAAAUGCGGAUGUGAUGCGCAUGCAGCAUAUGCACUUGCAGCUCGUGCCAUUACCGGCGGAUUUGUUACCGGAUCUGGAAAAGGUAUUCCUUGAAGAGGCUGCUGCGGAGGGCUUGGAGGUUGUACAAGAUGGACGUCUACCGGAUGCAGUUACCGCACCCUACUGUCGCGUAGAAAUUCCAGCAACUGAACAAACGCGCGUAUUUGUAUUUCGUCCAUCUGCAGCAAAGGUGGAAGAAGUGAGGAAGCUGACUCUGGAAGCUGCGCAGGGUGGCAGACGUCCACCUCGUGUAAUGAACUUGCAGUUUGGAAGAAAAGUGUUAUCAACACUGCUUGGCAAGCCCGAUCGUAUUAAUUGGAAGAACUGUAUUUUACCGGAAACAGAAGAGCAAAGGCUAACAGAAGAGAUGCGAAGACUAGUAAAAUUAGGCUGAUUCAUAAUUAUCAUCUUACAAGGCGGGUAUAAAAACUAGCGUAACAUGUACAAAGGCAACGUCUAAGAGUGUUUUGCCUGCCCAUCUGCAAAACACCGCGGCUGAUAAUGGCUGAAGGAAUAAUGUAUCGGAAUAAUAGGUGGAGGGAACAAGAGGUGAUCCGCCUCAGAGCGAUGGGCCACCUCCUCUGCGACAGACAAAUAAUGCUGCCUUUAAGGCUCGGGUACACCCAUGUUUCCCUUUCGCAGAUGCGUUUCCAGUCCGUCCUUGAACCCCUGCUCCACCGCCUUUGCUUCCUCAACCAGCUUUUCGACAAUGGUUUCCAAACCUUGUCGUCCGCGAGCAGCGUUUUUAUGGAAUGAAUUGACCGCGCUCUCUUCCACCAGUUUAGCUCCGUAGCUCAACACUCCCAUUGCGCUCACGGCCGCCUGUUGCGUAAAAACUGUCUUCCCUUCUGGAUGUUCUGGGUCCGCUUUGUACUCGCACUUCUCCUCCAAGUUUAUGAACGAUCGCAUGCUUAGGUUUGUCGAUAUCGCUGUAUAUGUCUGCGAUCGGGGGUCCAGAUAGGAGAUCUCUCUAAAGUAGGCCACUUCUGGGAUGGGAAGGAUACGACGUAGGAGGGCUGGUGCAGAUUGUUUGCAACAGAGAAGACGUUCGGUUGUGAGAAUGCCCGUUUCUGGAUCUACAGACCGAUCGAGCACGUCCACGGAGAGGACGUGUGAGGAGUAUUGGUUUGGAUACUUUUGCCAAUUUGCUAGCGUGAGGGUGCACCAAGGAUGGGCAAAGAGGUAUUCGGUUUCAAAGAGCUUCAUUUUCAGCGACGACGGCGGGAAACACGCUAGUAGGGGAUGAGGACAAUCGGUACUUGCAGGCACGUCUUACAAUGGAGAACUAGCUCUACGCGGCAACGUCUUCAACGCACGGAAGUAACUUGCUUUUCGUUGGCAGCUCGUCGUCCUUUUGACAGUCUCCGUCGCCACCGCACAGAAAGUUGCUCUUUUUUU